GAACGCUUUCCAAACUCCUCCAUCAGACACCACAGACUCCUCUACUUAGACAUCUACUGCUUUAGUCGCCCCUUUGUCCACCUUUUUUCCCUCAGGACGACCCCUACCACCACCCACUGGUGCCACCGUUGUCGCUGGCCUCGCGGUGGCUCGCGGUGCGCUCGCUACGGCCACCGCUAGAAACUGAGUACCAAAAAUGACCUUUACCCUCCACAACACUUCUAUGUCCUUGUCAAGCAUAUUACAGCAUGUUAAGAAAAAGGGACAGGUCACUCCCAAGCCGCAACCCCAACCUGCAUCCACUACUCUGAAAGUUGCCUCUUCCAGUUCAGGAGUGGUUCCAGCGCAGCGCCCAGUGGAUCCAGUAGUGGCAAGAUUGAAGGAGAAAAGACGGUUGGAACGAGAGCAAAAGGAGCAAGAAGCCCGUGAGAAGAAGGGAUUGCCUCCCAAGAAGACCAAACCAAAACCUGCACCAGCUACAGCCAAGGCUAGGCCUGCACCAUCCAAAACUCCAUCCAAAGCAGCCAAUCCAGGACCUUCACAGCAAUCACGGCAAUCGAAGCCUCCAGUGCCCCAAAAGAAGAUGAGCUUCAACGACCUCAUGAAGCGAGCAUCCAAGAUCGACCAAUCCAAGCUUUCGAUAUCGUUCCAGUCGAAAAACAAGUCCCCAGAAGCCCCACUGGCUAAGUCCAGUAGGCCCUCGUCUCGAGCUAGCUCGGUUCCAGCAGAGUCCAGGAAGACCAAGCAGCCAGCCUCGUCCAGGCCAAGGCCUCCUCCUCCACCAGCAAGGCCCACACAGAGAUCUAGGUCAGUCCCUUCCGAACCAAGACACCCCAAAGAGUCCAGGGCCCCUCUUCCCAUCCGAGGCCCCUCUGCCAUGCUUGAGAGCAAGCUAAAGACGAAGAAGCCAGUCAGAGGCACUGGCAGCUCUAAUGGAGGCAGCUUUGGCCACAGAAACCACGAGGACGAAGAAGAGUACGACAGCGAAGACUCCAUGGACUCCUUCAUCGAGUCUGACGAUGAAGAGGAAUUCAGAAGACAAAAAUCAGCCGCUGAAUACGACAGAGACGAGAUCUGGGCCAUUUUCAACAAAGGAAAGAAGCGGUCGUACUACAACGACGACUACGACUCCGACGACAUGGAGGCCACUGGUGCAGAGAUCUUUGAGGAAGAAAGAAGGUCCAAGAGAAACGCCGAGCUCGAAGAUAGACGUGAGGCCGAGGAGGAGCGGAGGUUGGCAGAGCUCAAGAGGAAAAAGCUUAACAGAUAAUAAUUACAACUCAUUCAGUGUACCACUCUCGUACACCUGCUCUCUAGAGCAUUAAUCACACGACAGCAUCUAGUCAUUAAUAAAUUGCAUAAUCCAGA